UCCGGCGACCGUGAGCUUGAUGUUUCGUUCACAUCUACUUAUUUGGCGUGAAAGCUGAUCAAAAGUUAGUUGACUUGUCUCGAAACUUCUUUUGUCUGUCUGAAUAGUGAAUAAACGGAGCAAAUCCAGGAGAAAUUUGUUUGGAUUAGAGAGAUUAGGAGAAUACAAUUUGUUUGGUGGUUUCAAGUAUGCUACCAAGUGGGUUGAAAGAAACCCAACUCCGUGAGAGCAACAACAAUCAGAAAGUCCAUCCUCAACCUAUGGAAGAGUCUAUCAAUCAGAAUCCUGAAGCUAUGGAAGCACUUAUUUCCAAUCUCUUUGGAAACAUCUCCUCUUUGAAAUCUGCUUAUAUCGAGCUUCAAAGUGCUCAUACUCCUUACGAUCCCGAGAAGAUUCAGGCAGCGGAUAAAGUUGUCAUUUCUGAACUCAAGAAUCUUUCGGAACUGAAGCAUUUCUACAGAGAGAAUAACCCCAAGCCUGUAUGUGUCUCUCCACAAGACUCUCGUUUAGCUGCAGAGAUCCAAGAACAGCAGAGUCUGUUGAAGACUUAUGAGGUCAUGGUGAAGAAAUUUCAGUCUGAGAUUCAGAACAAGGAUUCCGAGAUCACGCAGAUGCUGCAGAAGAUUGACGAAGCAAACCAGAAACGACUUAAGCUUGAGAAGAAUCUUAAGUUAAGAGGAAUGUCUACAAACGAAGGUUCUGGUGGAGAUGGAAAUUUGCAAUUUCCUGACUUAACCACUGAACUAUUCAUAUCUACUUACGAAGCUGCUGCUAAAGCCGUGCACGAUUUCUCCAAGCCGCUAAUCAACAUGAUGAAAGCUGCAGGAUGGGAUCUUGAUUCUGCAGCCAAUUCCAUUGAGCCUGACGUUGUUUACGCCAAGAGGCCUCACAAGAAAUAUGCAUUUGAAUCAUACAUAUGCCAAAGGAUGUUCAGUGGGUUUCAGCAGAAGAACUUCUCAGACAUGGAUCCACUAGAUGCUCUAGGUACAAACCCUGAUUCCAACUUUGGCAUAUUCUGCAGGAGCAAGUAUCUAAUCUUGGUCCACCCAAAGAUGGAAGCUUCUUUCUUUGGAAAUCUAGACCAGCGUGACUACGUGACAGGAGGUGGGCACCCGAGGACUGCAUUUUACCAGGCCUUCUUAAAACUUGCAAAGUCGGUAUGGAUCUUGCACAGGCUUGCAUACUCGUUUGAUCCAGCUGCAAAGAUCUUCCAAGUGAAAAAGGGUAGUGAGUUCUCUGAUUCAUACAUGGAAAGUGUUGUGAAGAACAUAGUUGUGGAUGAAAAAGAAGAGAACCCAAGAGUUGGUCUUAUGGUCAUGCCUGGGUUUUGGAUUGGCGGCAGUGUCAUUCAAAGCCGAGUUUAUGUUUCAGGUGUGAAGGUCCUUGAGUGAAGGAUCUCAGGAACUGUCUUAAAGCUUUCCCACUUUGUUGUGCAACUUUUAUUCCCUCCUCUUUGUUAUAAUUAUAUUAUCAGCAAGCCUAUAUGUAUCAUCAUCUAUUGUUCAGAAAAAAAAAAAGAAUUAAUAUCUUCGAGUUUC